CAUCAUCAUCAUCAGCAAUGGCGUUACAGCAAGCUGUCCGGACACCUUGGAUCCCCAAGUUGACAUUGGAGAAUUAUAUCAAUUUGGAGCAUAUGGAUGUCAUAUCUUCUGCUAUGCUUCGAAAAAUAAUUAUGAUGCAUGGAUAUAAUAGCAACAAAGUUCUAAAGCAUGACUUGCUGGAUGCUGUGAGAUCAAUCAACCUGAUGGAUGUUCACCACUCAACACUGCAGAGUGAUGUUUCUUCAAAUGCAUUCCUGAAUCUUAGUGAUGUGAUCAAAGACCUCUCGUCUCUCCGUUGGCAUGAAUGCUGCAUCACUUCUAUUCAAACUGUCAACUCUGAGAACCAUUUUAGCUCUGUGGUCAAUGAUUUAUCACCUAUAAGUUUUAAGCGGAACUCUAACACUGCCUGCAGCUUGAAGGAUGAUUCUGAAGCCCACAAAACACAGUCUCCCACAUUCAAGAAAAUUAAAGGAAACCCUUUAUCAGCUUUUUAUGGAGAACAAGUGGAUCAGGAUAACAGUCCCAAAUCAUGCUAUGAAGAACCUGUGGAUCAGAUCAAAAUAACUAAGAUCCACUCUGGAAAACAAAUGGGUCAGCUUCUAAUGCUCAAAGUCCCCCGUACAAAACACAGGCGCAAAUCCCGGUAUGAAAAACAAGUGGGUCAAGCUAACACACCCAAGGCACGUACUGGAAAACAGGCUCGUGAGGCUAAAACACCCGGGGCUCACUAUGAAGAACAAGACGGUCAAGCUAACAUCCCAUGAGCCCACAAUGGAGAACAAGUGGAUCAGACUAACAAGGUCAAACGUGAAAUUAAGAAGCCAAUCUGGAUGAAGGAGUUUGCACAUUAAGAGUAACCUUUUUUUUUUCAGCAGAUUUAUGCAAUUAUACCAACUUCCAUUCAGUAGUUUGUUAUAAAGAAUAAAGGUAGCUAAUGAUGUAAUUACACAUGUCAUCAGAGUUUGGGUUGGGAAUAUAUGAUUUAUGUUUAAAGGCACAUUUAUAUUCAAAGUGGU